AUGACCAUCGCACAAUCCCCCGCAUUCAAGAAGGCCGCUGAGGAGGUGAAGAACCUGAAGGCGACGCCUAGCCAGGAUGAGAUGCUAGAGCUCUACGGCCUCUACAAACAAGGCACCCAAGACCCGGCCUUCGACAAGGCCACCGCACCGGGCAUGUUCGACUUGAAGGGCAAAGCAAAGUACAACGCAUGGAAGAAGGUCGCCGACGCUGGCACCAAGCCUGCGGAUGCGCAGAAGCAGUAUGUUGAGGUUGUCAAUAAGCUGAAGGCGAAGCAUGGGACGAAGUAG